AUGAGUAAAGCUCAUCCUCCCGAACUUAAAAAGUUUAUGGAUAAAAAAUUAGCUCUUAAAUUAAAUGGAGGAAGGCAAGUCAAUGGAAUUCUUAGAGGUUUCGAUCCGUUUAUGAAUUUGGUUAUAGAUGAAUCAGUCGAAAUAUGCAAAAAUGGAACACAUAAUAAUAUAGGUAUGGUUGUUAUUAGAGGUAAUAGUGUUGUUAUGUUAGAAGCACUCGAUAGAGUAUAA